AGUUGCACUUUGCAGCGCCAGUGCAAGUGCAAGCUAACGCGCGCCUGUCAAUCGUGCCCGCGAAGCUUCGUUUCAAACGAAAGUAUAUAAAAUUAUAACGUCCCGCCAGUCUUCCUUUCAGUUAAUUCAUUUCCCCUCGCACCCAAGCAUGUCCCCUCAAACCCUAGAAUUUGCAGAGCCACUCACAAACACACACUGACAGAAAGAGCGAGAGCGGGCGAUCGAUCGAACGAUUGGGAUGCCGUUAAUCUUCUGCAUUUUACUUUCGGACGGAUAGAGCUAAUUUCCAGUGAGGUGACUUCUCUCUCGCCCUCCUUUUUAUUACCAUCUUUAGAAUUUAUUUUUGUCCAAAUUAGGUUUAUAGAGAGGGGAAUUGGAUUGUGAUUUCGGAAUUUUGAAUUCGGCAUUCAAAUUUCUGUUGUGUUUAUUUAUUAAUUUGAAUCUUGAGCUAUGUCAGUUCCUCGCAAUUUUUUUAGCUUUCUUUUGAAAAUAAUUGAAUUUCCUUUGCUUGAUUAGUGUGGGUACUCUUAGGCAUUACUCUUUUGAUAUUUCGGAGAUUGUUUGUCACUUGCAUUCUGAUGAAUUUCAUUGUUUGUCACUACAGAAAUUUAUAUUUAUCGAACACGAUGAUAAUUGUUGCUAUGGCUACUUGUUUUUUGCUUAUUUUUGUAUUUGUAUUUUAUUUGUUAUGUAAAAAAUUCAGGGAUGGACUCUCUCAAAGUAGGUUGUGACCCCAUUGACAGUGAACGGGAUGAUGUAGACUAUGUCUCUGGGCUUAGUACUUUACUCGUUGCCACGAUUCAGGAGACCAAAGACCGUAUUUCUCAGAUUGAAUAUGUUUUCUGCAAUCAGCUCUAUACAUAUUUCCAAUCCAAGUGUAACAGCUUCCAGAAAUUUGAAAACCAUUGGAAAGAGAAAGAAGAUGAUCUCUUGCGUCAAAUUGAAACGCUUCGAGCUGAAAAGCAACAAACCCUUGAAGAGAACCGCUUACUUAAGCUUGACAAGGGAAAUCCGCCCAGGGUAAGUGAAGAGAAGGUGAACCAACUACUUGCCGAACUGAAAGGUGUACAGUUCAAAGGUAAUGAGCUUGAGCGAAUGCUUAAGCAGAAGUCUGCGGAAGUAGAUAAGGGAAUGGAAUUGGAGAGUAAGUUGCUUGGAGUGAUUCAAUCCAAAGACGCUGACAUUAUGGAUAAGAAAAAACAACUGAAAGAGAAUGAAAAAGGUAUAAACGUGCUUCUUGCUAAAUUGAUUGAUCUUCAAAAUAGAGUUGAUGAACUCCAAGAGGAGCUUGGGGAAAAGAUUAACCGAAUAGCCAAUGGAAAUGAUCUUGAAGAAAAUUUAUCUCGAAAGAUUGAGCAUCAGUCUUCUGAGAUCGUGAAUAAAGAAAAGGUUUUGAAUGAUCAAGAAGAAGAGAAAAAACUACUUAUGGCCAAAUUGGAAAUUUUGGAAGAAAAUGUUAGUAAACUCCAAAAGGAGCUCCUCUCAAAGAACAACGAAGUGGAGGGUUGUUUGAGGGAGAAAAAACUGCUUCUUGCCAAAGUAAUUGGUUUAGAGGAGAAAGUUGAUGAGCUUCAGGUGGAUCUCAGAGGCAUGGCUGCUGAAGUGGGCAAAAGAACGGAUUCACGUGAAAAGUUACAUCAACAAAUUGAAUCAAUGACCUCGGGUUUAUUGGCUGAGACGAAGAAGUAUACAGAUCUUACUGUUGCUUACAAAAAUUUGAAAUCUCAGCACAAUUAUCUCCGCACAAAGCUUGGUCUAACUAGGGAGAAUAUGCAACUGCAGAAAAAGUUGGAAGAUAGAAGUGAUUUGUUGAGAAAUGAUCAGAAUCCAUCAACUUCCCAUGAAAUUGUAGAGAAAAAUCAGAAUGGUUCUGCCGCAGCUUUAUGCACAAAAAAUGUGAGGAAUGAAAUCAGUUGUAACAAUAACUCAGAGGAUGCGAAAGGAGGCAAGCCAAUUCAAGCAACUAGUCCUAUCUCUCCUACUUCCUUCUUCCCCAUUGCACCAAAAUGCCCUCCCACAUCAAAAUCUACCCUAGUAGCUGGGAGAAAACGGCCUGCUUAUGGCUGGGUGGAUACUAGGUCCCGUCAAGGCCAAGAUGGGCGUGACCCACACGAUGAUUUUCUUGAUACUCCACUUGAGAACAUCAGAGGAAACUUGAAUAAAGCCACAAAGGAACAGGUUCCUGAUCGUUUGGUUCCAGCUCCAAAUGACAUGAAUCUAGAUAGCUCAGAUGAUGAAACACAGGAUGUGAAUGCUGUAAUUAGGCCACUCAAGCAACAAUUGCCAGUUCCAGUGCACGGUAAAAAUGGCUUCAAGUUUGUGGAACCUGUGAGAAAGAAAGCUGAGCGGGAAAAUUUGAAAGGAGUUGAAUGCAAGCAGUGCAAAAAGUUCUAUGACGCUGUCCUUCCCAACAACGGCGGUGGUAAGGACACUGAUAAUAAUAAGCCUAAUUUUCGCUGUGAGCACCAUGAAGGUGUUUCUCGUCAUCGGUAUAGGUAUGCUCCCCCUCUUACUCCAGAAGGAUUUUGGAAUAUUGGAUUUGAAUCCGAAAUGUGAUAGUGAGAAAUUUCUUAUUGAUUUUUUCUUUAAUAGAGCAUUGACUUGUAUCGAUAUUUACUUUCAUAUAAAAAAAGGUCCAUACUUGUCAAA